GCGCUUUAUACAUUGUUGCUGCACAGAUGGUGGAUGGUUGGGUGUGUAUAUCGUUGUUAGGUUGGGGUAUUUGCCUAGACCUCUCUGCAUAAUCUCAUCAUGAAAAUGGAUGUAACUGAGAUUAAUGGGAACAGAAAUAUGAUGGGAGAAAUGGCCGAUGUUACUAUGCCAGCGAAACCUCAUCAGUCAUAUCGCUAUAGUCAUGCUAACAGAUUUCGCGUUUGCAUCAACGGUUACGAAUUGGACAUGUCGAAAGCAAUUGAAAAAGUAUAUAAGUUUGAGCUGAAAAUCUGUGGCAUAAGAAGUGAUGAAAAAGAAAAGGAACUUCACCGUGGUCCAAAAAAUGAUGUAGCUAUUGCUCUUCGCCACAGAGUUCUUUGGUCUAUUUAUCAGCAGAUGCUAAAAGACCAUGAAGAUUUCUUCGGUAGCGAUUUGAGAAAGUAUUUUUAUGACUGCGGAGUCAAUUUCUAUUCUGUUAAUAAACUUUUUGACCGUUCCGAAGGCGGAAAGAUAUUCAAGAUAAGCGUCGAAUCGUUGUUCCCGGAAACAAGAAACUUCUUAAGUAAACGAAUUACUGGGCUGGUUGCCCGUUUGUUACCAUGUGAAGAAAUCAGCUUGCAUCAGACUACAGCCAUUUCUGCAAAUUUAUAUGCUCGAGAGCGAUCACUUCAGCAAUUUUUGGAAAUAGCUACUUCACAAAUGAUGUUUAAUGAACAGAGUCAUUUGAUUUUUCGCAAUAAGGCAUAUGAUCGUCCUAGUGAACAUGAUAUUGGAGUUAAUGGUGGCAAAGUUUUGACCGCAGGCUUGGAAAAGAACGUACGCUUUGUUGGUAGCUCGUGGGAGCAAGCGGUGCCUAUCGUGCAAAUUGACGCAAAAAAAGCAGCGUUUUUCAAAAAGCAACCCUUGGUAGAACUCGUUGGUACGUUGUGCAAUCGAGCACAUCCGAAAAUGCUUAUGGAAGAUGCUAGGUUGAGGGCUCGAGUUGCACGGCAAUUGAAGGAUCUUGUCGUGCGUACAACACAUUUGGAAACUCAACGACUUUUUUGUGUUUUUGGAAUGACAGCUGAAACUGCAGACAAAUUAGUGAUCCCAGUCAGCAAUCAGGAUAUGACUGUAGCCAACUACAUGUUGUAUAAGUACCAGCGGCGAUUGCGCUAUCCAGGUCUGCCGUGUAUAAUUGAACGACGUGUCGGUGGCAAAGACAAACGUCCGCACAACAGUUUUCAUCCAAUGGAGUUCCUCGAAGUUGUUGGUGGACAGCGUGUUGACACCAAAAAACAGACGCCGGAAUUAGUUGACGACCUCAUCCAAAAUUGUCGCCUUCUACCCAUGAACUUAAAAAAUGAAAAUGAACGUCGACGUUGUCAAGCGCAAAUUGUUGAUGAAAAUCCGUAUCUCCGUAGCUUACAGAUCCAUAUCAUUAGUACUCCGCGCGUAGGCGAUGCUGUUAUGCAUUUCCCUCCAGCAAUUGUUUAUAGAAAUGGCAAAGUUGAACCAAGUCCAAAUGGUGAUCUUGAUUGGCGUCUUUCAGUCCCUCGUGGCAUGCAGAACAAAAUUUUUUUCAAACCUGCUACUGCGCCUCGUCGUUGGGUUGUUUUUAUGUUCCACAAUGCUGUAGACCAACAAUCCGCAGAUCGCUUCAUUGCUGCAUUUGUCAAUCGUUCUCGUGACCAUGGUAUACAAAUGCCUAAUCCAUCACGUUCAGAAGAGUAUGACCGCACCGACAUGAAUUUCCUCAUUGAGAAGAUUGAAUUUAUGCGUAGGAAUGGAGUUGAGUAUAUUUUGUUCAUCACACGAGACAGAUAUGACCCUGUGCAUGAUACAAUGAAACUGACCGAAAUCAAAUGCGGUGUUGUAACGCAGCAUGUUCGUUCUAAUACACUCUUCAAAGCAAUCAGCAACCGUGGUGCUGAGAUGACACUGGACAACUUGGUCAUGAAAAUGAACUUGAAGCUUGGUGGUAUAACUCAUGCUCUCACCGCAUCUACUGCUUUCCUGAGCAAAAAUCGUCUUACCAGCAACGUCAUGGAUAAGGAGUGGCUACGACAUUCCAGAAUGUUUUUCGGCCUCGACAUGUCACAUGCAGCACCCCAAUCAUUGUAUGAGCGACAGGCUCAGAUCCCGCCUAGCGAACCAACUAUCGUUGCUAUGACUUACUCAUGUGGCGAACCAUUUACAAUGCACGGUGAAUAUUGGAUGCAAGAACCGCGCCUUCAUAUUGUCAAUUUCUUGAAGGAGCAUGUCGAGAAAGCAGUCAGGUUGUUCAGGGAUACGUCGAAGGCGAAACGCUUGCCCGAACACGUCGUUGUGUUUCGUAGCGGUGUUUCGGAGGGAGAGUACGCGAAGAUCAUAAAUGAAGAGGGGAAACAGUUUCGUGAAGCCUUUGUCGCAGCAGCUGAAGGUCGUACGGAACGUAUUCGUCUCACAAUUGUUGUUAUGCAGGCACAUUCAAAUUAUCGUAUUUAUCCGGAAAAUAUCCAACAGGGAAGUGCUUCUCAGCAAAAUGUCCCACCCGGCACGAUUGUAGAUGUAGAUAUUGUUCAUCCAACUCAAACGGAAUUCAUUUUUGUUGCUCACAAAUCUGUCAUGGGUACUGCACGUCCUGUACGUGCGACGGUUUUGAUCGAUGACGAACCUCGUAUGUCAAUGGACGAGUUAGAGGGUAUGACAAAUGCCCUUUGCUAUGCCCAUGGCAUUGUCACUUCACCGAUAUCUCUACCGGCGCAUCUUUAUGCUGCUGCUGAUCUCGCCAAAAGAGGACGCAAUAAUUUCAAGACUGAGCAAAAUGCUACCGAUGAUAAUGGUUCAGUAUCGAGCAGCAGUGAUGGAAGAGGUCAUUUUACAAAUGAUGGCUCGGAAGAUUAUUUCCCAUUGAUGUCUGCAGAACUUGCCAAUAAGCUGAAAUAUAAGUUUUGGGCUUAAAAUAAGCAGCAGGUUUUUAAUAAGAUUGUUGCGCUGUCAGUUGUUGAAAUUAUCUCGUUACUUUUUUCUGAAAUGGAUAUGCUUUGAUUGCCUAAAGCGGCGUAAAUAAGCUGUAGUUUUUCUUUCAGAUCCUUAAAUUUCAUAGUUUUCACUUCUUGUUUUAUAAUCACAUUUCUGGUCUUAUUUUCUGCUAUCGGCAACCUAACCGAAGUAUCGUUUAAAGGGGUGCAUUUGACAAGAUCUCUUUUCAUUUUGAAAUAUAUGCAUCAUGCACGAAGCUUUAGUUGUGCAUCUAGUUAUUCUGUACAGGAGGCUGAAAAUUGUACUUCUAUCAUCUCGAAGAAGUUUCACUCACUUUUUGCAAUGACCAUGCAAUCUCUUUCGGUUUUUCCAAUUGAAUAAUUCUUCUUAGAUAAGGAAUUUUCUCAGUGUUUCCAUUCCAUGUUUGAUUGUUUUUUUCUCCUUUUAAAUUUAGUAAAGCUUAAAAUGUUUUAGUUUCUGAUUAAAUAGGGAAAGUUUUUCUACUGAACGAUCUCGAUUGUUGACAGUCGUGUCUCAUUGCCUUAUCUCCUUUGACGAUAUUUGUGUAACGUUUUUGUCAUCGGUAUGUUGUGCAGUACGUACUGUUGACUUUUUAUCUCUUCUAAAAUUACCUUAGCUUCAUGUUUCUAAACUGUUCUUUUUAAUUCUGCGUUGAACUAAAGUAAAUUUCCAGUUUGUUAAGUGCGCAUUCUAUUUACCAUCACAUCCUGUUGUGCUAAAAAGCAAUAUAUAACUUAUGGGUAAUCUCGAUAUUGUUAAGAAAUGAGUAAUAGCACACUUCCGUCACCGCUUUAUGGUAGUUAUGGUUUUUAGUUACUGGGGGUUUGCGUACUGUCGUCGAGAUGGAAAGAAAAG